CGGUGUCCUCGGGAUGAGAUUUGGGGUUUCCUCGGGGCUUUGGGGAUCUUCACCUAAUAUCUGGGAUUAUUUUAUGAGAGGAGUGGUCUUGGCUGUCAGAAAUGGAUCCCUGGGGUAAUAUUUGGGAGUUAGUGGAGUGAUCUCUGAAGACCUAGGGCUAUGAGCUGGAGCUGCUGGGGCUGAAAUUUGGGGCCUCUGAAGUGGCAUGGAGAUUGAGGUCCAGAGAGCCUGAGAUCCUGAGGGCUGACAUUUAGAGAGAUGGGGUCGAGGGUUGUCUUUGGGCCUUGACUGCUUUGGGCCUUUCUCACUCUUAUUCCCGGGCUGCUUUGUCAGAAUCUCUGCUGGAUUGGCCGUAACCCUGUUCCCGAGCGGGCUCACAGGGUCUGAAGGCCACGCACGAAGCAAAGGUAAAGUUCUGAGCCACCCGGUGCCUCCUUCCCAGGACUGCAAGAUGGAGGAAGGCGGGAACCUAGGAGGCCUGAUUAAGAUGGUCCAUCUACUGGUCUUGUCAGGUGCCUGGGGCAUGCAAAUGUGGGUGACCUUCGUCUCAGGUAGGGACGCUCAGCUUGGAUGUCAUGGGUACCUGGGGUGGGGAUGGAAAUAAGAGGGGAACCGGGAAGUGCCCUAACACCCCUGUGGUCCCCAUACCCUGCAGGUUUCCUGCUUUUCCGAGGCCUUCCCCGACAUACCUUCGGACUAGUGCAGAGCAAACUCUUCCCCUUCUACUUCCACAUCUCCAUGGGCUGUGCCUUCAUCAACCUCUGCAUCUUGGCUUCACAGCACGCCUGGGCUCAGCUCACAUUCUGGGAGGCCAGCCAGCUUUACCUGAUGUUCCUGAGCCUUAUGCUGGCCACUGUCAACGCCCGCUGGCUGGAACCCCGCACCACAGCUGCCAUGUGGGCCCUGCAAACCGUGGAGAAGGAGCGAGGCCUGGGUGGGGAGGUACCAGGCAGCCACCAGGGUCCCGAUCCCUACCGCCAGCUGCGAGAGAAGGACCCCAAGUACAGUGCUCUCCGCCAGAAUUUCUUCCGCUACCAUGGGCUGUCCUCUCUUUGCAAUCUGGGCUGCGUCCUGAGCAAUGGGCUCUGUCUCGCUGGCCUUGCCCUGGAAAUAAGGAGCCUCUAGCAUGGGCCCUGCAUGCUAAUAAAUGCUUCUUCAGAAAUGGCUGCUGUCUUUUUUUUUUCCCCCCAUGAGAAGCAGAGGGAGGG